AUGCCACGCGAUCCGCUCAUAGGUCUUGUAGGCAAGCCUUCGUCUGGCAAGUCGACCACUCUAAAUAGCUUGACAGAUGCUACCUCCAAAGUCGGUCGAUUCACCACAAUCGACCCUCAACGCGCGAUCGGAUAUCUUCAAAUAUCAUGCCCAUGCGCUCGUCUCAACGUCUCUGAACGAUGCAAACCCAACUAUGGAUCUUGUAAUGAGGGAAGGCGAUCAGUGCCCAUAGAACUACUUGACGUCGCUGGGCUCGUUCCUGGUGCGCAUAUGGGCAAAGGUCUGGGAAACAGGUUCUUGGAUGACCUGCGACAUGCCGAUGCGCUAGUGCACGUGGUCGAUGUCAGUGGGACGACAGAUGCCGAGGGCAAGGCAACAAGAGGGUACGACCCAAGUCAGGAUAUCGUAUGGUUGAGAAGUGAAAUCGUGCGAUGGAUUCAAGGCAAUCUAAUGGAGAAGUGGGGCAGCAUCAAGAGGAGGCAUGUGGCUGUCAAGGCGACGGCUGUCGAAACACUGCAAAACCAGUUCUCAGGUUAUGGGUCGACAUCGAGCGUGGUGGCGCGCUGUCUCGACCGGCUUGCUCUAAAAGAGCCUCUUCAGGACUGGUCUGACGAAACUAUUGAGCGUGUGGUGAACGCUUUUACCGACGAAAAGUUCCCCACGGUCAUCGCCCUCAACAAAAUCGACCACCCGGAUGCCGAUAAGAACAUUGCAAAAAUCGCAAAGGUGCAAGACCCGAAAAGCAUAGUCCUCUGCAGCGCAAUAUCAGAGGUCUUCUUAAGGAAGUUGGCGAAACAGGGCUUUGUCAAAUAUACAGAGGGCAGCGAGUUUGUCGAUACAAGAGAAGAUUUGAUUGAGCAAGGUGAUCCGGACGGUGGCGGAUUGAAGGAACUUGACGAGAAACUCAAGACGCGAAUCGAAAAUCUCAAAGACAUGGUUCUAUAUCGCUUUGGCAGCACGGGUGUUGUGCAAGUGCUAUCGAGAGCAGCUGAGCUACUUGGAUUGGUUCCCGUUUUCCCUGUCAGGAAUAUCCACACAUACACGAGUGGAUCAGCGAGUUCGACGGCGGUGUUCCGCGACUGUGUGUUGGUCAAGAAGGGAAGCACGGUGGGUGAUGUGUACAGGAAGGUCAUGGGCGAUGCACCCAUGGCCUACGUAGAAACUGAGGGCGGGAGGAGAGUUGCAGAGGACGAUAUUGUCGCCGUGGGGAAGAAUGAUAUUCUCAGCUUCAAAGUUGGACGCGCAUAG